AUGGACGUGGAGGAGCUGAUCGAAUCCAUCAUCAGAGGCUUGAUGUUCAUAGCAGGAAUCAUAGGAAACAACUGGCUGGCCAUCUGCUCGCUUCCCAAGCAGAGAUCCAGCAUCCGCACCAACGAGGUGCUUUUCAUCAACCUGGCCAUCUCCAACCUCAUCACCAACUACCUGGUGGACCUGCCGGACACCAUCGCAGACUUCGCCGGGCGCUGGUUCCUGGGGGAGACCUUCUGCGGGGUGUUCCGCGUCUGUGCCGAUCUGUCCGAGACCAGCAGCAUCUUCACCACCUUCUUCAUCAGCGCCUUCUGGUACCAGAAGCUGGUGGGCUCCCUGAAACGCGGCGGCGCCCCGGUGCAGCUGGACAGCCUGCGCCUGGUGGGCUGCCUGCUGGCCGGGAGCUGGACGGUGGCCGCCGUCUUCAGCGUCCCGCACUUCUUCUUCGUGGAAGUGGAGGGGGGGAACGGGAGCGAGGACGACUGCCUGGACGUCUUCCCCAACGCGAUCGCCCAGCAGGCCUAUGACAUAACUUAUCUGACGGUGGCCAACGCUCUCCCUCUCGCCGGGAUCGUGUUCGCCAGCGUCCAGAUUGUCGUCACUCUGUCCCAAAACCGGCGACGCAUCCAGAGCCACGGCCCCGACCCUAAGAGGCAGACGCUCAGGGAGGAAAGCGGAACCGUCGAGAGCGGAAGCGACGACCGGCCGUCCUGCGUCGCUUCUGCCCCGAGCGCCUCGGACGAUCUCAAAGUCUCCAUGUCGUCAACCGGCAUUUACGCGGACGUGUCUGACUCCGCAGGUCCAAGCCGAGAUCCUUCAAGUCGAACCCCCAACACGGCAUCGCUCAAGGACACGGACCGCACAGGUUCGGCUCCACCGAGCCGGGCGAGGGCCGACCAGGCGCCGCCGAAGCCCGGCUCGAACUCGGGCCCUCAGGUGAGGGCGGCCAAGAGCGUGGUGGCGGUGGCCAGCGUGGUUCUGGUGUGCUGGCUGACUCACCUGCUGCUGCGCAUCACCAACAACAUCCACACUUCAUCCAUCAUUGUGGAGGUGGCCAGUUACAUCGCCGCCUCCUACACCUGCAUCAUCCCGUACAUCUUCCUGCACGGAGUCAAGAAACUCACAUGCUCAUGCAAAAGAUAG